AUGUGUUCACGAGACAGCCACAGAUGUAAACUGUAGCGGGGAUUAAGCGGAGUUUUCAGAGCACACAACUGAAAGUGCGCGGCUGCUGUGACUAAACUCACAUGUCUGGAGCUACUGGAAAAGAGGAAAAAAUUAGAACGACCCUGAGACAUAUUUAGUUUGAGGAACAUGAAAGGUUCGUUUUAUUUUUUCUUUCUCUACCCACCUGACCUGGACUGUGGCCAUUCGAAGCCACUUUUCACUUUAAGUUUUUCUCCUGUUUAAGCUGAGUCAAAUUUACUAUUUUAACUUGACUUGACAUGUUUUGAAGGUGUUUUCCCCCUUUGGCUCUAACUGUUGACAGUUAGAAAACAGCCUAUAGCGAGUAAAGCUCGUCUUUUAUGUAUUUGAGGCAUAAAUCUGAACUGCAUCCAGUGGCCCCUCCUCUUUGAGCUGCAACCAAACAGCAGAGAGCUGCGAGUCAGUCUGACACCAGACCCAGAGGCAGACAGAAGAUCUCCAGAGACCGCACUGCCUCCUCUCGGGAUCGAGCUGGACAAUUGGGAGAAACUCACAUGUGUUGGACUUGGCGAUUGAGGCGUUUAUAUACGAGUCUUAACAAUGGUGGAACCGUUGGGGUUUGUGGAGGCAUGGAGAGCUCAAUUCCCUGAGUCUGAUCCGCCUAAAAUGGACCUUGGCUCGCUUGGGCAUAUUGAACAGGAGUUGGAGAAAUGCAAGUCCUCCAUCCGUCACUUGGAGAAAGAAGUCAACAAGGAGCGUUUUCGGAUGAUCUACCUUCAGACUCUUCUGGCUAAAGAGAGGAAAUCCUACGAUGGACAGAGAUGGGGGUUUAAAAAGAUGCCAUCAAUGAAUGACAGAGAUCUGCCCAGCGGUGGGUCAGAAAACAGGAGGUCCUACACUGAAGAGGCACUGACAGAUGAGCAGAAGCAGAGAGGCUCCUGCAAGACUCAGAGGAACACAGAACAUCCAGAGGAGGUGGUGGACGGUUUGUGUCUGGCGAAACAGAAAGAAAGGAUGUCGCCUGUUCGUCAUGACCCAGAGCCCUCUGACUUCCCAGUUGGCACAGGGUCUGUGGCGGCCCUGAGGUCCAACUUCGAGCGCAUCAGGAGAGCCAACUCUCACACAGCCGGAGACAGCAGAGGGUUGUCAGUGAUGGGGAACCAGGAGAAACCCUUCUACGUGAACAUGGAGUACCAUCACGAGCUGGGCCUGGUCAGGGUGAAUGACAAGGAGGUCUCGGAUAAGAUCAGCACCCUGGGCAGCCAGGCCAUGCAGAUGGAGCGGAAGAGGUCCCUGCAUUCCCUGCCAGGUAACCUGUCCGCUGCUGCGGGGGACCAUGCCAAGCCUGUUCAGAGAGGCAGGUCCACUGAAGGGAGCUACAGCUUCAAUGGGUCGCCCGACGACCCGGAGGUCAGCCCACACUUCCUGAAAAGCGGGGCGAUCAGGUCUGGUGAGAGGAGGUCGGUGGAGUGCCAGCCUUACACCAGCGUGUAUGUCGGAGGAAUUAUGGGUGAAGGGGACACUCGGGUGAUCCACAUCAGGGACCGUAGCAUGGACGAGGAUCCUCACCUGACCUGGCCAAGGCGCUCCUACUCUCCCGGGAGCUUCGAUGAUGUCGGGGGCGGCUACACACCGGACUGUAGCUCCAACGAGAACCUGACCUCCAGCGAGGAGGACUUCUCUUCCGGCCAGUCCAGCCAAGUGUCUCCCAGCCCGACCACAUACCCUAUGUUCAGGGAGAAGAGCCGCUCUCCCUCCCAACACUCCCAGCUGUCCAUCGACAGUGGCAGCCCGCCCACCCCACUGUCCCAGAAAUCUCUGAAGCAGCAGGGCGUCCCCUCCAUCGUCGGUGUCCGUAAGAGGGGCCACAUGUGGCCCAGUGAUGGGGACUCCACCACAUCCAGCAGGACCUCCCAUGACAACAGUGUUCAAGGAGAUCUGGACAUGGAAAACCCUCCGUCUUACGGCUACGACCUGGAGCUUUCCGAGGAUCACCCGCCUCGCCACGAGCCUCUGUCCUUCAGCGGCUCGCCGUCCUCCUCGCCGCGGCUCCGCUCCAAGAGCCGGAACAGCCGGGACACGCAGUCGUCCGGUUCUCUGGAGUCCACGCAGUCGGUGGAGCUGGAACAGGAAAAGGGGCAGGAGAUGAGGAAGUGGGUUCUGUCUGGCAUCCUGGCCAGCGAGGAAACGUACCUCAGCCACCUGGAAGCCCUGCUGAUACCCAUGAAACCCCUGAAGGCGGCAGCAACCACCUCCCAGCCGAUGCUGACCAUCCAACAGAUAGAGACCAUCUUCUUCAACGUGCCUGAGCUCCACGAGAUCCACAAGGACUUCUACGACGCUCUGCUGCCCAGAGUCCAAGACUGGAGCCACCAGCAGUGUGUGGGCGACCUCUUCCAGAAGCUGGCCAGCCAGCUGGGGGUGUACCGGGCCUUCGUGGACAACUAUAAGGUUGCCGUGGAAACGGCAGACAAGUGCUGCCAGGCCAACGCGCAGUUUGCACAGAUAUCUGAGGAUCUCAAGGUUAAAAGCACAAAGGAUUGCAAAGACCAGUCUGCUAAAUAUUCUCUGGAAACUCUCCUCUACAAACCUGUGGACAGGGUGACACGCAGCACUCUUGUUCUCCAUGACCUGCUGAAGCACACGCCCUCCAGUCAUCCAGACUACCAGCUGUUACAGGAUGCCCUUCGCAUCUCUCAGAACUUUUUGUCCAGCAUUAAUGAAGAGAUCACCCCACGCAGGCAGUCUAUGACUGUUAAAAAGGGAGAGAACCGGCAGCUGCUGAGGGAUCGCUUCAUGGUGGAGCUGGUGGAAGGGUCCAGGAAACUCCGUCACGUCUUCCUCUUCACCGACCUGCUGCUCUGUACCAAGCUGAAGAAACAGGCUGCAGGAAAAGGGCAACAGUAUGACUGCAAAUGGUACAUCCCGCUGGCCGACGUGACCUUCCAAACCAUCGAUGACUGUGAGUCCAGUCCCAUCCCUCUGGUCCAGGACGAGGAGAUCGAUGCGAUGAAGAUCAAGAUUUCCCAGAUCAAGAAUGAAAUCCAGAGAGAGAGGAGGACGACGAAAGGAGCUAAAGUCAUAGAGCGGCUGAAGAAGAAGUUGUCUGAGCAAGAGUCGCUGCUGCUGCUCAUGUCCCCCAACAUGGCGUUCAGAGUGGCCAACAGAAACGGCAAAGGAUUCACGUUUCUGAUCUCCUCUGAUUACGAGCGGGCAGAGUGGAGGGAGAUAAUUCGCGAGCAACAGAAGAAGUGCUUUAAGAGCUUCUCCUUGACCUCUCUGGAGCUGCAGAUGCUCACAAACUCAUGCGUGAAGCUCCAAACUGUUCACUCUAUCCCAAUGACCAUGAAUAAGGAUGAUGACGAAUCCUCUGGUUUGUACGGCUUCCUGAACGUCAUCGUCCACUCUGCCUCUGGACUCAAACAAAGCUUAAAUCUGUACUGCUCCCUGGAGGUGGACUCCUACGGCUACUUCGUCAACAAAGCCAAGACCCGUGUGCACAGAGACUCCACAGAGCCCAACUGGAACGAGGAGUUUGAGAUCGAGUUGGAGGGCUCUCAGACCUUGAGGCUGCUGUGCUACGAGAAGUGCUGCGCCAAAACCAAGCAGAGCAAAGAGGAGGGAGAGAUGACGGAUAAGAUUGUGGCAAAAGGACAAAUAAAGUUGGAUCCUCAAACUCUGCAGAAUAAAGACUGGCAGAGGACGGUGAUUGCAGUGAAUGGGAUCGAGGUGAAGCUGUCGAUGAGGUUCACCAGCAGGGAGUUCAGCUUGAAGCGAAUGCCGUCACGGAAACAGUCUGGAGUCUUCGGAGUGAAAAUCCACGUAGUCACAAAGCGCGAACGCUCCAAAGUCCCCCUCAUCGUUCGCCAGUGUGUGGAGGAGAUCGAGAGACGUGGGAUGGACGAAGUGGGGAUAUACAGAGUCUCCGGUGUUGCUACCGACAUCCAGACCUUGAAAGCCGCUUUUGACUCAAACAAUAAGGACGUGUGCGUGAUGAUGAGGGAGAUGGACGUAAACGCCAUCGCUGGAACGCUGAAGCUGUAUUUCCGCGAGCUGCCGGAGCCUCUCUUCACCGACGAGUUGUAUCCCAACUUUGCCGGAGGGAUCGCUCUCUCAGACAGCGUGGCUAAGGAGAGUUGCAUGCUCAACCUGCUGCUGUCUCUGCCAGAGCCAAAUCUGGUGACGUUCGUCUUUCUGCUCGAUCACCUGAAGAGGGUGGCUGAAAAUGAGAGCAUCAACAAGAUGUCUUUGCACAAUCUGGCUACUGUUUUCGGUCCCACUUUGCUUCGACCUUCUGAAAAAGACAGCAAACUCCCGUCCACCUCCCAGCCCAUCUCCAUGAACGACAGCUGGUCUCUAGAGGUCAUGGCUCAGGUUCAGGUCCUUCUCUACUUCCUUCAGCUGGAGAGCAUUCCAGCCCCCGACAGCAAGCGGCAAAGCCUCCUCUUCUCUACGGAAGUAUGACAGGAACGCGACAAACCUGGACCGUAACGACCCCGCUCUGAGGAAGAAUGUCCGGCUCCCGUUGCCCCUACUCCUGUUAGCCACCAGGAGGCGCCAUCACCCUCUGUUAAAACUGGAAACAACCACCGCAACCAAAGCCAUUUCUUUGGGAGCUAAGCUUGUGGUCUGUUUACGUCAACCUGCUGUGUCAGAAAAAAGACUUCCCUCUAAGAUCUAUAGGUGGAAUAUGUCAUUCCUUUAUUUUUUAAAUUUAAUUUAAAUCUGAAGAAGCAAUAUUUCCUGUGCUUUGUUCUGUUUUUGUGCACAUUGUCUCCAUAUUCACACUGGAGUUUUAUUUCUUUUUCUUUUUUUUUUUUUGUUGCUGUUUUUGGAUUUUUAUGUGAUUUAUUUCUGGCUGUGGAUGGUUUGAUGAAGAGACACAUUUUUCUUACAUAUAUAUAUAUACUCCCUAUGCCCCCACCCGCCCAACCAGUUUAAAUUCACCUGUGCCAACCUUCCCAUCUUUUGACCAAUAGUGUUUUUCUGUCCUCCUUAUGUUUACACCAUCUAAAUUUUGUACAGAGACUAAAGCUGUAGGCAGCACACAACAUGCAGGCAUGUUGAGUCAACCGGUCGACGUUUUGUGUUUUCUGUGAAUUUCUGUUUCUUGUUUGUUUUCCCAGAUGAGCUACAGGGUGAAUAUGAGUGUUUUUGUUUUGUUUUUUUGUUGUUGUUGUUUUGAAAGGAAAAUCAUUCCACUUUACUCUGCCUAACACAGAAUGUAUACCAUGCUGUGUGUAAUGUCAACUACAAAGCCAUCUUUUUCUCUGCAUUCCUGAACUGUUCACCUUUCUUUUUUUUUCUUUAGAUUGUGUCCACAAGCUGAACUUCAUCUUAUGUUGCAUUCCUUCUUCGUAGUCUGCUACAGUUGUAGAAAUAACGCCAUUUUCUGGAAAUGCUAAUUAUUUAUCUGUAGGACAAUCAAAGCGCAGGACUUCACUCACACCCAGCCUCCUUCACAAGACAUGUUGUAGUGAAAUGCAAAUCUCUACAAUUAGUCAAACACAAACUGUAAUCUUAAAAGCUUUUGAUUCAUGUUAAACAAGCAAUAAUUCUUAGUGAUGCUUAGGAUUUCCUUGUACCUUAUGUUUGAUUUAUGUAAAUAAAAACUUCAAAACUUU